GCGCGACGUGCGAAUAUCACGAUUGUGUUACCAAUUUAACUAUGACAAGUCUAAAUAAUUUAUCUACUUGUGAUGUUAACCGUUUAACUGAUGGACGAAAACGGAAAAUCAAUAUGACAGAUUGGAAAAAUGUAAAAAACAAAACUCUUCGAAAUAGUGGGAAGGAAUAUACAUCUCAGAGUAAAAAACUUGUACCAGCUAAAACACCUCCAACCGUGGAUCAAGUUUGUGACCAGAGUUCAUGUCCUUGGCAAGGUUGUGCAACAAUGACUUUAGCAAGAAAACUUUUAUUAUUUGACGAAUUUUAUAAGUUAACGUAUGAUGAACAAUCAGCUUUUUUGUAUAAGUGUAUAAAAGUAAAUGCUCCUGUGAGAAGACGAGCAGGAAAAACAGAUGCUACAUCACGACGAUUUUGUUCAUUUAAAUAUUACAUAGAUGAUUUACAGGGAUAACCGUGGAAAACAUUUAAAUAGACCUCAUGCUAUUGAUGCCCCUGUAAGAGAUUUAAUUAGACAACACAUAAAUAGUUUACCUCGACAACCGUCUCAUUACAGCCGUAUCGCUACAGAUAACCUGC